CGCCCCCCUCUCUCUCUGAAUUUUCAUGGCUUUACUCUCAUCAUGUUGGCUAAUCAUAGAAUCCAUUGUAAUUCAGGAUGGUUUCUUGAACUGGUCCUACAUGAAAUUGUUCAUGCACCCUCUUUGUCUCUUUCUUUGCCAACUUCUUAUAUGGCUCAGUCUCUUCUUUUUAUGGCUUGUCCCAUUCUUUCAAGCGUCUUACAACGCAUUUUUAUCCUCUUUGGUCACGUUUUCUAAGCUAUUUAAUAGUUUUCUCCGAAUCAUUAUGAGUAGAAGGGAGGUUAAUUAUAAUAUUGAGUCUAGGCAAGAGAAUAAGAACACCCAUGCUAAUUUGGAACUUUCUAGGGGAAUUCAUAAUCCUGUUCCUUCGUUUAGCUUUUCGUUUAAAGAUCAAGUUGAUAGUCAAUUAAAAGUUCUCGUAGCUCUUCAAGAAGGCAAGAUUCUUGAAGAUGAAGAAGAGUUUUGCUGUCAACUUGAUCAGGAAGAUGGUGUUGUUCAUUUUCUUGAUGUUAAGGAAAGCGAGGGGGAAGAAGACAUUCUUGACUUUGUUGAUGUCUUGAACGUGGAGAAUAAUCUUGACUUCGAACUUCAGACUUUGCCAAUGGAUCAAGAAAUUAAAUGCCAUUUAGCCAAAGAUGAUGAAGAAGAAGAAGAAGAUAUUGUUAACUCAGACAUGGGGAGUGAUCUAUCUUCUCUAGAAGCUAGUGAUAGAGAUCAACCCUCUCCUUUCUCUAUUUUAAGCUUUGAUUCACAUCUACAAGAUUCGACUGUGAUGGAGAAUCAAACUAAUCAAGAUGAAGAUGAUGAAACCAAUGAAGUAUACAAUCAAUACUGCGAACGAAUGAAAUGGUAUGACAUCCUAAGCCGCGAUAGAACCUAUGGACUAAGUGUGAUGAUGAACCAAGAAACGGCAAGUACUUUGAGCGUAUGGGGAAUAACGGCAGAGAAGAGGCUAAAACAAAGCAUAGAGAAGGAUCUUGAGUUAGUUUAUGUUGCUCAAUCAUGUUUAUCAUGGGAAGCUCUCCAGCACCAGUACAUAACAGUGAGAGAUAGACUGAACGCUUCUGAUUCGGAAGGCGGGUCGUAUGACAAUGAAAUCUCCAAAGAAUUUCAGAAGUUUCAGAUUUUAUUAGAGAGAUUCUUAGAAGAUGAAAGGUGUGAAGGAAAAAGGGUAUUGAGCUUUGUUCAAAGAAGGUUUGAACUCAUGAGCUUCUUUCAAGUCCCAAGACUUUCAGGAUAUAAAAGGAAGGGACCACAGGAAGGUGGGAGAGAAAGAAGUGACAAACAAGUGAUGAAAACAAUACAGAGAUGCAUUACAGUCUUCUAUGACUUUGUGAAGGCAGACAUCAAGAGACCUUUGGUUUGGGAAAGACUUAAAAUCUCAUUCGUCAACUCUCCUCGUAUGGAAGUGGAAGAUCCUAGAGACAUUAUGCUUUUUCUUAACCUAAAAAAUUUACUCCAAAAGAAUAAACAGUCGUUGAAGGAGGCACAAGGAAACAAGAAGAAUAUUUGGUUCAAGAAGAAGAAAUUACCUAACAUGGAAGUAGAUGAAACUGAGAAAGAUGAAAACUCUAUAGUUAAAGCUAGUGUCUAG